CUGUUCCUUGGAUGCUGCCUGACCUGCUGCGCUUUUCCAGCAAUACAUUUUCAGCCUCUUUAAUUGGGCAAACGUCCGGAAGCCCCGCCGUGGUAAAUCCCGCCCCCAGGCACCUAUUGGCUAUUGGGUGACUGCCGAGCUUUCAUUGGCCACUGUAAUCCCCGUACCUGACCAAGUGUCUGGCCGGUUUCCAUGGCAACAGGUGGUGGUUGGGGCCAACGGCCUGGGCAGCGCAUGGCCAUCAGAUUUGGAUAUGACUGGAAUUUGAGUCUGCCCUCAAGGACGUUCCAUUUAGGUCGAACUAAAGGUGGUAAAUUGAGAUCUGCAAACAUAAUUACAAUUGAGAGCUUACCAUGGGAAGUUCUACAGCAAAUCUUUUCCUACUUGGAUAUAUCAUCCUUAUUGUGUGCAGGCUGUGUGAGCAAGUCCUUCUAUCAGGUAGCUAAUGACAAUUUAAUUUGGCGCAGAAUCUACUGCAGGUAUUUUGCAUGUAAGUCAAAUGCCUGGAAGCCCAGGGGUGUAGCCAUAGCUACUGAGAAACUAAGCAGAAUUACAAUCCAGGACUGUCCAACAGGAUUCUGGAAAAAAGAGUACAUAUCCAAAUGUGCAGGUCUGGGCACAAAAAGAGUGGGGCAGUUGUUGAAAUCCAUCAACCGUUAUACAGGAUUGCCAUCCAAGUACAAAGAAACUGUGAAAGCUCUUGGAAUUACUUGGAUAAUAGUUCUUCGAGAAAGAAAUGGGAUAGAACAUGUGAAGGAGCAAAGUAAGGCCUACUUCAAUGACACGUCUGCUACUUUAUGCUGGAACAGUACAGUUUGGCCAUCUCUUACUAGUCUGAAAGCACUCUAUGUGUAUGGAGUCACACCUUUGUUUCAUCUAAGCAAAACUCCUGCAAUAAAUGGUUCCUUUUUAAGACCUCGCCGGCGAUCUCUACUUGCGGAGUAUGAUCUGACAAAUCUGGAAAAAUUGAGUACGUAUGUAGGUGGAGACAAGCUCAUCAAGCUGCAGUGCUUAUACCCUGGCAUGUUGUUGGGAUGUUGGCAAGAAGAUGGAGAAUUGGCAGUUAUCAUCGCAAGUUUUCACUGCCAUCAGCUCAUUGAGAAGAGUACUUUCGGAUCAGUCACUUGCCAAUAUUCGCCACCACCUCAUGAGCCAGUGUUGGAUGAUAUUGAUCCAGAAUAUGGGCUGCAUGGCUACCAUUGCCACAUUGCCUUACAUAAUGGAAAAAGUUGUUUCAUGUCUGGUAGUUUCCAUAACAUCAUCUGUAGAAAAGAGUUCAUCCAGAAUGGCUUUUUGCAAAUAACGGUUAUCAGUUCAAAUAAAGAAUCACAGCACAGCACCAUCAGUGGAAAUCUCUACUUACCUUGGAAUACAGAAUCCCUAAAAGGAAGUAUACAGCACUGUUGCUUAAUGGAUGUGACUGUUCUGGAUGAAGCAGAAAAACCAUUUUGGAGUGUAAGCUCACCAGUAGCUCUGCACUCAGUUAGUACAUCUACUAUAAGAUAUAGCUACCUGGGCGAGAGACAGGCAAUUGAUUACGAGGAUCCAGAAGGAAAAGUUCAUAUAGAGCUAAUGUGGUUGGAAGAAGAACAACAAUAUUACAUUGUCAACCUUGUCCUUUAUUUUAUUGUUAAAAAAAUAAAUGCCUGGUUUGCAACAAAUUACUAAUUGUCCAUAUGAAGCCCUAUGGCUAACUUUAACAAUCAUCUGUUCCAUGCACAUAAACUAAUGUUCCAAUCUGAGUGAGUAAUUAGGCUGAAUUCUGUGAGGAUUUCCAAAAUUCAAAAUUGAGUUUAUCUUUAAAAAUUAUUUCUCAUACAGUCAGGAUCCCAGACAAUUGGAUUACAAUCUCAAAUUCCUUUCUUUCUGAUAUUGGUUGCUUCUAUUUUAAAAUGAUGCUUAUUGUUUGCUAAAGUUCUCCAAUAUUUUCCUGGUUACACUAGAAAACAAUCAUGUUUUCAGGCAGAAUUAAUACAGGAGAUUGCUGUCUGUCCUGUUGCAUUUGUAAUGUUUAGGAUAAAUUGGUAUGACAAAAUUUGCAUGACUUUCAUAAGGCCCAUUCUGCAAAGGGCGACCUGCUUGCACCUUUGCUUAACUCUUGUCUUUUAAGACGUCCAACUUUGAAUAACUUCUGAGGUUUGGAGAUUCUGGAAAAAAAACUCAAGUAAAAGGAAAAUAAAUAAAAAGUGGGCAUAGAGAAGUAAGUGAGUUGUAAACUAACUUCAGAUGCCUUUUGUUAGAAGUGUAGGAAAUCUGUAUUUGAACUUUAUUUUCUGGUUUAUGUUGUGGUAUGUAAUCUUUAGCAUAUUCUUUACCAUAUUCCUUAAGUUAGACCUGCAUUACCAAUGUUCGCAUUCUAUCAGUCGCUGAAACUUCUACACGUUUAAUUUGAAAGAAGUGUAGAACACUUUUUUUCUGUUCUACUUUAAUUCAAAAGGCCUCAAUCAACUCCAGCAGUUGAAAAGCUGGUCAGUAGGUUUGUUUCUAGUUAAGCCUGAGGAUGCUGAUGGAGACUGUUCAAUUAGUUGAAGUGAGGCUUUUGGAACUUAAUCAUGCAACUGAUUUUUAAAUGUUAGACCAUUUUGGACAGCUGUUUUCUGUCGUACUUUGAAAGGGUAAUUAUAGCAAAUGGAUUCACUUUGAAUUUUUGUAGAAUUUUCAAAAUUGGUGGCGGUUUUCUUAGAAUAUUUUGACAUUAAAAGCUGGAAUGUUUUAAGUAGAAAAAGUGCAGUAAUAUUUCAGAGACCAUUGUGUACUUAUUUAAUCAACUGGCUAAAAUUGCCAUUUUAAGAACUAUUUGUUCUCGCUGUCCAAAUCAGUUUAAUAUUUAGAAGCCGGUUCUUAUCAACUUAUAAUUGAAAAGAGAGCAUAAUUAGUAAGAUGUUAAUUAAAACCUUUUUCGAAUUCAAGUAUAUUAUUUGUCCUGUUGUGUUCUAUCUUUUUAUAGCAAGCUUCCUGUUCUGUUCGUUUUAACUGCAGUAAUAACACAUGGAUGGCAAAAGCUGUUUAUCAGGCCACAAUCUGUGACCUUAUUUUAGCCAUUUAUUGAUGUUGUCAGUUUCAAGAAAUGUGGAAGCUCACUUUAUUUUACUGAAAGCAGAUUGAUAUUGACAGUCUCAGAUUUUUGCAUCAGUAAUGCUGUAGAAAUCUUCAUCUCGUUUUCACCAAAAGUGCUGAAUAGAAUGAUGAGAAUGCAUUUAAAACUAUAUCUUUGUUUUCAUGAAGACCAGUUUGUCACUUGUGUGACAGUUUAAUUAUGCUUCAGCUUAAUGGUUUAACAUUUGGGAAUGAUUAACAAAAAAAAGUUUUAAGUUAAGCAAAUGCAACAAUAAAUUAAUCUUUUGAAUAUA